UCACCCUUCUCCAACCCAACCCGAGGAACAUGCGAUCUGGAAGGGACAGGCAAAAAAGCACCAACCCAUUGCAGGAUCUGGUUCUGGUAUAUAAGGGCCGUUUCUAGAACCUCAGUAGGUUUAUUCUAAAGUAGUAACUCACUAUGUUCAAGUUGUGCAUUCUCGCCGCCAUUUUGGCAUUUGCUGCAGCAAUCCCUGCACCAGCACCAAAGCCGGAUCCAGGAUUUUUGGCUCAACCGUUAUUGUAUAACGCUUACAAUCCAUACAGUCCUUAUGUUGGAAUUGGUCCACUGCCGUAUUCUUAUCAACCAUUGAUUCCCUCUUAUUCCGGUGUGGCCCCAAUUUACAAACAACCAACUUACAUUCUAUAAAAGUGGUAAAAAGUUUUUGGUUAAACAAUUUCGACGCACGCAUCAUUCAUCACACGAUUUAUCAUCGCCUUCAUUAAUUUUUCAUUUUCGCUCAAAUUAUCAUUAUAUAGAAUUCCUGCAAUUUAUUCGUAAUCCACAUUUUUUUUCUCUUCAUAAAUCAUCACUAAAUUUAAAAGUUUUGUAAAGAAAAGAAGAAGAAAUCCUGAAACAAUAAAAUUGCUUAGAAACUGAAAA